CUGUAUGACACAGAGAAGGAUCAGCUCAUCCUGAACGACCUCUUCGCAGCUGAUCUCUCCCACUUCUCCCGCUUCUCCAAGGAAUACACCGCUGCCUCCGACCCUACCAACAACUUCCUUCUCGAUUACUCCAAGAGCCGAAUCACCCAGCCUAUUUUCGUAACUCUCUUCAACCUCAUUCGCAAAGCCAGUGUCGAGCAGGUCCACGGCAAGGUGUUCAUCGGUGAACACCUCAACACUAGCGAAGACACCCAGGAGACCAUACGCGCCUAA